AUGUGUGACCAGCAGAAGCAGGUGCAAUUCCCUCCAUCUUGUGUGAAAGGUUCGGGACUGGGGGCUGGGCAAGGUGCCACUGUUACUACUUCUGUGAAAGGUGUGGCUCCAAGCUCAACUCAGACGUAUGUGGCAUGUCAAGCUCCAUGUCAGACAACAUAUGUGAAAUGCCCAGCUCCGUGCCCAACUCAAACCUAUGUGACAUGCCAAGCUCCAUGCCAGACAACCUGUGUGAAAUGUCCAGCUCCUUGCCCAACUCAGACCUAUGUGAAAUGUGUAACUCCUUGCCAGACGCUUGUAAAGUGCCCAGCUCCAUGCCAAACGACCAGUGUGAAGUGCCCUGCUCCAUGCCAAACGACCUGUGUGAAGUGUCCAGCUCCAUGCCAAACGACCUGUGUGAAGUGCCCUGCUCCAUGCCAAACGACCUAUGUGAAGUGCCCAGCUCCAUGCCAGACCCAGAAAUACUAUGUUCAGUAUACUUCUCCUUGCCAGACCUACUAUGUUCAGGCUCCUGCAAGUGGCUCAGCCACCAUGUCCUCUGUCCCUGAUCCAUGCUCAGCUCCCUGUUCCACCAGCUACUGUUGCCUGGCUCCCCGGACCUUCGGGGUGAGUCCCCUCAGACGCUGGGUCCAACGACCCCAGGAAUGCAAUUCAGGAUCAGCUGGCUGUUGUGAGGAUUCUGGGUGCUGUAGCUCUGAAUGCUGCAGCUCUGGGUGCUGCUGCUGCUGCUCUAGGGUAGGCUGUUUGGGAAUUAUUCCCAUGAGGUCCCGAGGUCCUGCAUGCUGUUGUAAUCACGAGGAUGACUGCUGCUGUUAA